CCGCCUUCUCGUCCCCACAGAUCACAAGGUGCAUGUUCCAAGCUGCUUCGCCACCACACCCUCAUAGCUUGAGAGUUAAAUGUCCUUGGUCCCUGCCAUGAUAUAGAACCAGUCCCUCUUUUGCUUGUAUAUUUCUACCCAACUCCCUCUGCCCGCUCCCUUCGUCACCGCCCGAAACGGUUGCCCCGCGAUGUCUCAACCAGCACUGGACCUCUUCGUCCUCACCUACAACUGCGCCCACAACGCCAUCGAUGUGCCCAGUUUAUCAUCCACCCUCUUUAAUGCGGUUGACCAUGUGCCCGACCUCCUCAUCAUCUCCCUCCAGGAGAUGAGCCCUCUCUCACACGGCCUAAUCGGCGGCUCACUGCUCUCCCCUUUCUUCAGUCGCAUAUCCGAAGCUGUCGAGAUCGCAGCGCGCAAGCUCUCCGGCGACUCCCCCGUUGCAGGCAGCAGCUCUAACUCGGAGCCGCGCAUCUUCACAAAUGUCGCGAUCCGAAACAUCGGGAUGACGGGCAUCAUGGCGUUCUCCCGCGACGCGGCCGCGAUACAAAAUCUCCAGACAGGAGAGGUGGGGCUGGGUAUCAGCUCUAUGGGGAAUAAAGGCGGUGUCGGGCUUCGCUUUACGUAUGCGGAUGCGAAGAGUGGGGGGGAGACGGAGCUCACGUUCGUUGCGGCGCAUUUGGCGGCUAUGGAGUGGGAUUGGGAGCGGAGGAACGAGGAUUGGAAGAAUAUCGUUAGACGGCUAGUCUUCACCCCAGCGGAUGGGGGUGAGGGGGGAAAUGCGGCAAGGGCAAGAGUGGGUAGUGAGGAGGCGCCGCUGCUUGGGGAGGGCGAGAGCGCCAAUGGGAUAUACAAGCCAACGAGCCACUUGUUCGUCGCCGGGGAUCUGAAUUAUCGCACGAGCGAUACGAAGCCCGGGCCUGACGACCACGAAGUCUCGUUUCCGCAACCCCAUGACACCGUGGAGAGUCCACGACACUACUCCCACCUUUUCAAACAUGACCAACUCACUCGGGAGCGAUUGGCUGGUAGGACUUUCCACGGCCUGAGCGAGGCACCUAUCACCUUUCCCCCAACGUACAAGUUUGACGAGGGUCCAUACUUGACUGCAGACGAGGAUACGAAGGCGUGGGCAUGGGCAUCUCACCGUUGGCCCAGCUGGACAGACCGGGUUCUCUUCCUCGAGGCCCCUAAAUGGAUGGAGCGAAAAGACGGCAAUGCAAAGAUUGAAGUGCAGAAGUACGAACCGCUACCACUGUUCAAAACUAGCGAUCAUCGCGCUGUGCUUCUGAGCGUCAAGGUGCCGUUGGUGAGUAUUCCGGAGCCGGAUGAGGAUGAAGACUCAACUAGCUCGGAUCCACGCAUCAACCCGCCGUUUGAGAUUGAUCCGGACUGGAGCACGGCUCGGGCGAUAGCAAGGAAGGAGGAGUUGUUUGUAGGCGUAACUGGCUACAUUACUGGAACGUGGGAGGGCCGGUGUAUCAUUGGCGGGACGGUUGCUGCAUUGGUGGCGGGUUAUUUCUUACUUCUUGCUGCGUUUGGAAAUUAAUUGUCUUAUAACGUAGACGUGAAGAUUCACGAGAAGGGUGGUAAUGAGGUAUAGGUAAUGUGCCAAGAAGAUUGUUGACGGUGGUCGCUGGUAUAUUCUAGAAGGGAGAUACCACUCAAUUUUUGCCAAUGGCGAGAGACAUAUAGGGGCUCAGUGGCAUUGGCCAUGGCAGCCCGUUGAUAUUAUACAGUAUCCAUUAUAUUACGAGAAUAAACGAAUGUUGUUGAUAUGCCA